AUGCCUCUUUUUGGUAAGUCUCAAAAGAGCCCAGCGGAGCUUGUGAGAUCAUUGAAAGAUGCAGUUACUGCUUUAGAAAGGGGUGAUAAGAAAGCCGAAAAAGCUCAAGAAGAUGUAAGCAAAAAUCUGGUUUUGAUAAAGAACAUGCUAUAUGGCACUUCCGACGCCGAACCACAAACGGAUAUCAUAGUAGCACAGUUAGCUCAGGAACUGUACAACACUAACUUGCUCCUACUUCUCAUCCAGAAUCUAAACCGCAUUGACUUUGAAGGCAAGAAGGAUGUUGCCCAAGUGUUCAACAAUGUGCUUAGACGUCAGAUUGGUACCAGAUCUCCCACAGUUGAGUACAUAUGCACCAAGCCUGAGAUACUGUUUACUUUGAUGUCUGGGUAUGAACAUCAGGAGAUAGCAUCCAACUGUGGAACAAUGCUACGAGAGUGUGCCCGAUAUGAGGCUUUGGCUAAAAUAAUGUUGUAUUCAGAUGAUUUUUACAAUUUCUUCCGUUAUGUAGAAGUUUCCACUUUUGAUAUUGCCUCAGAUGCCUUUUCUACUUUUAAGGAAUUGCUAACGCGACAUAAAAUGUUGUGUGCUGAGUUUCUAGAAACAAACUAUGAUAAAGUGUUCAGUCAUUAUCAGCGACUGCUCAAUUCUGAGAACUAUGUAACUCGACGGCAGAGCCUGAAACUGUUGGGAGAACUGUUACUGGACCGCCACAACUUCUCUAUAAUGACACGUUACAUCACCAACCCCGAUAAUCUUAAGCUUAUGAUGAAUAUGCUGAAAGAGAAGUCACGUAACAUUCAGUUUGAGGCUUUCCAUGUUUUUAAGGUAUUUGUAGCCAACCCUAAUAAACCUAAACCAAUAUUGGAUAUUUUGCUAAGGAAUCAAGAUAAAUUGGUAGACUUCCUCACCAAAUUCCACACAGAUCGUUCUGAGGAUGAGCAGUUCAAUGAUGAAAAGGCUUACCUUAUAAAGCAAAUUAAAGAACUCAAGCCUUCGGAACACUAA